GAUCUUCCUGUCUUUUGUGUCCGUCUCUUUUUCUGUCUGUCUCUCCCGUGCCUCUGUGUCGCUCUGUGUCUCCCUUUCUGCGCCUCACUAUCUCUACCUGGUGUUCCCACUUUCCGUUCCUCGUCCUCUCUCCCCGCCAUGUUGCUCUUCCACUCACCCCCACCCUCUAUCCUCCCUCCGUCUCUGUCUUCGCGUCGGUUUCUCUCUCCCGGCCUACCCCUUUCUCUGUCCCCCGCUAUUUCUUUCCCGCGUCUCUCCAUCUCUUUCAUUUCGCUCUGGCCCUCGCACCCCCGCGGGUCUCCCCAGCGUUACGGUGCCCGCCGCACUCGCACUAUGAGCUGUGCGGCCCGUGCUGCCCAGCCACGUGCGCGGGCAGCGAGAGCCGCUCUGGCCGCGGCGCCUGCGGGAGCCGCUGCUGUGAGGGCUGCGUGUGCGACACGGGCUUCUUGCUAAGCGGCGCCGCCUGCGUGCCUGCGGCCAAGUGCGGCUGCUUUCGCGCCGGCCGCUACCGAGCUCUAGGCGCCGUCUGGUACCCGGGGCCAGGCUGCGCACGCCGCUGCCGCUGCCGCCCGGGCGGCGUGGUGACGUGCGCGCCGCGGCCGUGCGGGCGCGGGCGAGUGUGCGGCCUGCGCGGGGGCGUGCGCCGCUGCCUGCCCGACGGCCGAGGCAGCUGCGCCCUGGCCGGGACCGCGCACGUGCUCGCCUUCGACGGCCGCACGCACACGCUGCCCCCGCCCGCGCCCUUCUCUCCUGAGAGCUGCCUGCAAGUGCUCGCCCGCACCCCACGCCGGGGUCCCUGUUCCUUCGGCCUGGACGUGGCCCGCGAUGGGGCCGGGCUACACAGUCUGCACCUCAACCUCUCCGGGCACCACCUGCAGCUAGACCGCGCAGUUGUCGGCUUCAUCACGGUGGAUGGUGAACACUGCCGGCUGCCCUGGGUACUGCCGGGGGGCAGGGCCUGGGCCACGUUGGAGGGCCGCCACGUGGUGGUGCACACUGCCUGUGGGCUGCAUAUCAUGUAUGACUGGGGCAGCCAGGUGCGCCUAACUGUGCCUUCCACCUUCCACGGCCAGCUGGUGGGGCUCUGUGGGGCCUUCGGUGGCCAAGUUGGCCCCCUUGAUGUGCCUCUAGACACAAGAUCCUGGUCCAGGGGCCUGGUCACUAACCCCUGCCCACUGCCCCAGCCCAGUCUUGGCUUUAGCAUCAGCUGCCCCACGCAACUUGCCCAGAUCUUCAAUGCUCCCAAACUGUGUAGACUCCUACAGGCACCAGAUGGUCCCUUUGGCCGCUGCCUGGGCCAUAUCAGCCCCAAGGCUUUCCUCAGGAUAUGCCUGCAAGACGUAUGUCAUACCCAUGGUCAGGACCUUGGUCUCUGCGAUGCCCUCACAGCAUAUACUGCAGCCUGUCAGGAAGCUGGCAUCCCUGUGAAGCUUUGGAGGGGACCCAAGCUUUGCCCUCUGACUUGUCCGCCUCGGAGCCACUACAGCAUCUGCGCACGGACCUGUGAUGGGGGCUGUGUCCAGCCUACCAGCCCUGCUCACUGUUCUACCCAAUGCUAUGAGGGCUGUGAGUGUGACCCUGGAUUCAUUUUUGACGGCACAGACUGUGUGUCUCAGGACCACUGCGGCUGCUUUCACAGUGGACGCUACAUCCCUGUUGGGGAGGCACUGAUCCUGCCUGGCUGCCAGGAACGCUGUAUAUGCUUGCAUGGUCAAGGCCUCCAGUGCCAGCCCUUUUCCUGCCCACAGGGCACAGACUGCAUCCUGGAUGGGGGUGUGCGGUGGUGUGAGCCCAGGGAGGGUGCUACAUGUCGCCUAGUGCCCGGGGGCCUCUUCACCACCUUUGAUGGCUUCAGUGGGCUCACACCCAUUCCUGUUAUGUCCUGUGCCUAUGAGCUAGCCACAUUGGUGGGUUCCAGGCCCCAGGAUCCUGACUGGUUCCAUGUCAUUGCUGACUUCCUGCCCUGUCCUAGCUGCACUGCUCUCAAACCACGAGUGAUCAUCGGCUUCAGGGAUGGCUGUGCAGCUGUGGGAACCAAUCAGGAAAUAUGGGUGAAUGGACAACCCGCCAGCCUCCCGGCGCAAGUGUGCAGGGGCGUGGUCGUACGCUGGGCUGAGGGCUCCCGAGUUGUUAUCGAGCGGUCCCCCAUGCUGCGGGUGCUGGUGGGGCCCGAGGGGGCUGUGUCCCUACGGGCCUCCCCUGCGCUACGAGGACGCCUCCGGGCAGCCUGCGGGAACUACAACGGAAUUGCAGCCGACGACCUGAUACUCCCAGGAGGACUCCGGGAUGCCAGCCUAGUCGACGUGUUCCACGCGUGCCGGGUUCGGGGCUUCAACAACUGCACGGAGAAGCUUGUUAUUCCAGCCGUGACCCAACACUUCACCGUCUGACGCCGUACCUCCGCGUGUGCCCAGGGCUGGGACUCGUCCACCCCCCCCCCCCACUCCCCCACCCUCGACGCACACCUGCCCUGGGGAUGGGAACCCACGGACCUUCCUGAGACUGUUUUAAUAAAUAAUUUAUGACCAAAACCUGCUUGUGCCUAUAUCUUCUACUUCCCAGUGCCCCCGCGCCCUGGGGAACACAAAAGGUCCCAACCUAUAGUUCUCGUUUCCCAAGACUCAGGAGUUAGGUCGGGACCCUGACCCCUUCCGACCCAAAACCUGAGUCCGAGCACCUAGCUCCCUCCUCCUUCGGGUCCCUAG